AUGGCGGCGUGCAAGGUUGGGAGCUGGCAGAAGGGCAUCCCCGUCUGCGUUGCCCCCAUGAGCUUCGAUCCCGGCGUCAUGGCCGCGACGAGCCUCGUGUGCGAGGGGCCGCGGGGGCCGGCGAGGGUGCCGCGCCCGCCCCCGGGAGAGGAGGUCCCUUGGCCCGUGCGCCUGGUGCAGGCGGUGCGCUCGGAGAACAGCGCCAGCUCGGAUGAGGCUUCAGCCUUCCAGCCGAAGUCGAAGACGCAGCGGCGCCGAGAGCAGCGCGCUUUCAUGCAGCGCGCGGGAAAAGUGACGACGAGGCAGGGCGUGCCGGUGGAGUCGCGUCCCGUGUCGUAG